AUGUCUCGUGUCCUCUCCCGCGUCGGUCUCAGCCCGGGGCGCGUGUCGCGCACCUUCACACCUGCGGAACUCAUCGACGCCGUUGCAGAUGAAAAGGACGAUUGCGUAUACGUGGAAAUAGAUGCAGCAGGGUGGAUUGUGUGCGCUGGCGCCGCCCGUCGAGGAGGCACGAAUGCUGGGGCGGGCGGCGUCGCUGUGCGCGCGCGCCUCGCGCCCGACGUGCACGCGCGCAAUGCGCUCGUGAUGCGCGCGGGCGGGAGCAUCGACACGCUGCAACUGCGCGUUGAAGCAGAGGUGCCGCCACUGCACGAGUUGCUCGUGUGGCUCGACGAGGAGCUCCUCGCGCUUGCUGGAGUGCCCUUCCUUGGACCGAUCAAUAUUCAUGGAAAGAAAGAUUAUUCGUGCCACGAAUGCGGCGCACGAUUCGAGCAACCGAACAUACUGAAAGCGCACUUGUACCUAUCGUGUGCGACGGUCGAGCCGCGCAGAUUCUGGCGCGCAGUUGGCGAACGUCUUCGCGCCGCGACUGCUCCUGCGCCCUCAUUCCUUCCGCCCGCCCUCGCGCUCAGUGCCGCCGAGCUUGAAGCACUCGCCACAGAGUGGGGACGAGCGCGCGGUGGUCACCUUUGCAUCUACUGUGGGAAAGCAUACUCGCGCAAGUAUGGGCUGAAGAUCCACAUUCGCACUCACACUGGCUACCGGCCGCUCCGAUGCCGCUACUGCGCGCGGGCCUUCGGCGACCCCAGUAACCUCAACAAGCACAUGCGGCUCCACGGCGCCGGCGGCGGAGGCGGGAGCGUGGGUGCGGCGCGCCACUCCUGCUCCGUGUGCGGGCGCACGCUGGCGCGCCGCCGCGACCUGGAGCGCCACGAGCGAGCACAUGCACUAGCGCGGUGA